UGGUCACGGCGUUGAGGAAUCCUCUCGACGUGUUCGUGUCCGGGCAGCAGUACAUACACCGGAAGGAGACGAAAACGCUUGGACAGGCGAGAGAUUUUGUCGCUGGCGUCAUGCGCAAAAAUCUUCGGAAGAUCCACCGACAACAAAAGGAAACUACAAUGGGCGCCAGACAUGACGACACCGCCGACUCCCGACCGCACGAACAGAUCGGAGGUUACAUCCGAAGGCUUGUGGGGGCAGACAGAAACGCCAUUCCCGGGGACGAGGCCCUGGAGGCAGCCACGGCACAAGCCUUGAAAAAUCUGGAACGUUUCUGGAUCGUGGGCGUGGUAGAACAGUACACGGGUCUCCUGGAGGUCUGGAGGCGUUCCCUCGACCCCGAAAAUAAGCACGGCCGCCUCUGGAAUAAGUACGCGGCGAUGCAAUUUAAUUCGUCUCCGGUGGGUUCUCGAGAGGUUUUGGCGUUGAUAGACCCGGAGCUCGUGCGGUACUUCAACGGCUCUCUCGCGUUGCAGUGGGACGUGUACGAGAGAGCCGUUGGCCUCUGGGAGGUCCGCUGCCGAGAAGUGCUGCCGGAUAGGCUGCACGAGGACAUGUGUACGGUGCCCCACCCCUGGUCGUCAUAGGGCGGUGGACGCUCUGCGCCGUAGGUGGUAGAAGAUGUCACCCCCGUGCCCUGGGUCGAUUUGCCAAAGGCUCUUCGGUCGCCUUGCGACGACGAGGAUGCAUACAUGAAGCGAUGAUAUGCUUUCGGAAAGCUCGCGACGAGACGGUUCGAAAGCCGACAUUUUUCGGCACCACCACAACUCCUGUAUGGGAGCGCCGAGAAAAGGUGAAGGGGGUGUGAUAUCUUCCGCUUCCCGAACAGAGCACGGGGAUGGAAUGGGGUGGGGCCCUCGACUGACGGGCGGGGGGGGGGGUUACGCUUGGCCAUGUAUGUCGAUGUCGUUAGACCAUUGACCGAGCAUCCCUACAAAGCCGGGGACGAAGCNGGGGGGGGGGGGGGGGGGGGGGGGGGGGGGGGGGGGGGGAUUCGAAGUCUAGAUUUUUGUGAAGACCCAUUCGGCGAGCGGACGUUUCUUGAAGAGGAAAGCGCUUUGAACACGAAGUGACUGAUCAACCCCUCCCCCCCAACUCCUGCCACCUAGGGCUCCCAAGUAAUUAUUUAUCGUAGCGGGGAACGUGUCCGUACCUCCUUCCGCGUUUGCCUUUCCCAAGGGUAGCUCUACUGCAUGUAGUGUUAAUAGUGUUAGUUCCAGGUGCGUAGGCGAGUCAUCGGUGUUUCAAAAUUUUAUGGUGAAUGAAGCCGUUUCAGGUUCGCACGCUUGAUAUGUACGUGUUUCGUAUUUGUUGGUGAUGGUAGCAGCACCCAGGGGUGGUCGUACUCGUGGGACGUCAAACGACCUCGACUUCGAAUUCGCUCCAAAGGCGGUCGGAAAUCAGCAGAACCUGGCUCGGUUUUUGGGGGUGCGACGGCCUCGAUAUGUAUAUUUGGCGAGUUGUUAAUCUCGUUGUUUGUGAAUUCCGCCAUUUGUAAAUUUCGUGAGUUGUCGUGUAUAUAACGGCGGCGUCUUCUAUGUAGGCGCCCACCGGUUGACAAGCGUCCACGCUUUUAUCGGCCUUUGAUAAGAAAGUGUGAAAUCGGAUACAUUUUCUCGUGCCCGCGUGAGCCUGGUGAAGUCACCAGCAGGUGGACGCUGUUGUUCUAAUCGGGGAAUGGAAUCAUUUGUGGCGGGAAUUUUGAAAAGCAACAGUGUUUUUGUUGUUGUUGUUGUUGUUGUUGUUGUUGUUGUUGUUGUUGUUGUUGUUGUUGUUGUUGUUGUUGUUGUUGUUGUUGUUGUUGCUGUUGUUAUUGUUGUUGCUGUUGUUAUUGUUGUUGCUGUUGCUGUUGCUGUUGCUGUUUUUGUUGCUGUUGUUGUUUUUGUUGUUGUUGUUCUAUUCUUCUUGUUGUUGUCUUCACAUCAAGAAAAACGUUCCGUUCUCUCUGCCCAGUACCUUGUUCUGUCCGCACUGAUAGUCAAACACUUGGUCGAUUCCCGUGGUCACAGGCUAACGUACUCAACAAAGGCGUGCGAAAAAAAAUGAACCCGAAGGGUAAAGACCGUGUGCAUUUUGGCCCGAUCGGGAGUCGGCGUUGAUUCGCACCGGGGCUUCUUAAAAACAAAAAAAGUUGAAAUCUCGUGCCUUCGAUCUCCUGGGAACCGUGUCGGCGGGGGUGCUUUGGGUUGGUGGGAAUGGUGGGGUUUGAAGUUGCCGGCAACGCGGGGUGGUGGCAAUUGGUUCGAUUUUCAUCUGUUGUUGUGUUGGUGGAGCCUCAUCUGGAGCGUCGGUCUUGACGUUCCCCACGGCAUGCGGUAUGCUACCGUAUCCCGGAGUAUUGUCCCAUGUUCCGUUCGGCGCCCAGCAUAAGCAAAGCAUGGGGAUGGGCAAGCCGAAUCGUAGGGGUACGGUGGUGCUGGCGUUUGCUGGUGGUAGACUGUUCUCGAAGGAUAUCGCCCCCGUAGGGCAGCUAGCGUAGAGAGGAGCCCUGUACGGGGCACGUCGAUAUUCUGCCAUGGUCGGAGUGUGCUAAGAGUAUUCUGGCAUGGUUUAAUUGUUGCGUGAAAUAGUCGUUAAUCCCUUUUUUCACGGACUUCCAGGGCCUGGUCGACGAAAACAGCCUGGCAUAUGUACCUGGGGUUGCGCAGAUAUCUUUGCUAAAAUUAUUGUUGGUAGUGAUACUCCUAAGUGCACUUUGGUUAGAAAGUUGCCGUCCAAGUUUGUAUUACGUAGAACAGUACGCUCUACGUUCGGAAUUCUCGGGGCCUUUGUUGGCCCUACAUCGAGGUUUGUUGAGUCGCUUUCAGCCCACUAGGACUUGGAUUUCUCCGCCACAGCAUUAUUUCGGGGAUUUGGUAUGGUCCGAUUCUUUUUCAUUUGUAUCGCAGCUUGCCUCGGGCAACCAUGCUGGCCCUCUAGUAGUAUUUUCUUAGGUAGCGUGGACAUUCGAACUCAACAAAAAUCAUGGGAAAGAGAUUUUUAGUUAGGCCAUCGUUCUGAGGAUCGUUAAUGACAGUCUCGCUAGAGCCCACAAGAUGGAUUAAAAUUCCAGAUCAAGAGCUGGCCUCGAAUCUAGUAGAUUGGACGGCUGUGUUGUGUUGGGGCUUUGUUAUAGUCCGAUGCUUUUUUACUGUCGGUUAGGAGAGUUGGCUUGUGACCGU